UGAUCACAUGACACUAUGAAAUUCUCACUAUAGAAUUAAACCUAACACCAACAAAGGUAUGUCCAUUCAAAAGAAUACUCAGGUAAAUUCUGGGUCAGAACGAAGGAUAAGCCAUAAGUGUUAAAAAGUAUAUAUAUUAUAAUUCAUUAUUUUUAUGGAUUUAUAAACUGUGAUACAAUAUAACUGAACUAUAAAGAGAGUGUUGAGAUUAGAAAGAUAGUGCAAGGUGAUAUAUUGUGAUACUUAACCUAGGACUAGAACACAGUAGAACUACAAUCAAAUCCAACUUAUUUCUCAUUGUAUCAGCUACCCUGAAGUCAUUACAAAGUGUGACAUGGAAUGAUUGCUUAUAAGGACAACAGUGAGAAGGUUUCAGGUGGUACCAAGUCGUUUAGUAGUAAAGUGAUGUCUGUAUUGUUAUUCCAGUGUAUAGGAGUACCUACUGUUACUCUGAUAUUUGCCUGGUUGUGUAUGUACUUUGGACUUUCUGAUACCUAUAGUUACUUCCCUGAGGUAGCUACAAAGAAACUGUAUGAUAUAGACAGUAAUAUUGGAAUACAGUCACAGUUCUGGAGUAUAGCUAAUGUUUCUCGUUUCUCUGCUAUGUAUUGGUUUGACGAGCAGACAUGGUCCUAUGUAACCUUUAUUUUGGCCAUCUUGCCAUUGAUUGUGUAUGCAGUUGCCAUUGUAGUUAUAUCAAUUUGUCAUAUAGGAGGGCAUUUCCACUUCCACAAGAAGGAGGAGCCAUUAUUGUCACAUGAUUCUUUACCAGGGGUUUCAAUAGUGAAACCAUUAAUGGGAGUUGAUGAUUUACUGGUAGAAAACUUAGAAAGUCAUUUCAGUCUCAAUUAUCCAAAGUUCGAGUUGUUACUGUGUACACAGACUGAUGACGAUGAAGCUAUACCUGUUGUAAAUAAACUGAGGAAGAAAUAUCCACAGGUCGAUUGUACAUUGUUCACAGGUGGUGGUCCAGGCUGUGUAAAUCCCAUGGUCAACAAUAUGGCACCUGGUUACUGGAAUGCUAAAUAUGAUUUUAUCUGGGUCAGUACCAGUAGAAUUAAAGCCUCGUCUGAUAUAAUCAUGGAUAUGUCCUGCAAGCUUCAGAAACCAGAUGUAGCCUUAGUUCAUCAGAUGCCAUUUUAUACAGACUUGCCAGGAUUUGCUGGAACUAUUGACAAGGUACAUUUUGGUUGUAUAAUUGGUCGAUGUUAUCCUGCGUUUAAUUUCUUAGGCCUUUGCUGUUGUACAGGGAUGUCAUACUUGUUUAAGAAGCCUGUAUUGGAGGAGUGUAUGCCUCAAGGGGGACUUAUCUACUUUGGCAAAUACUUAGCUGAAGAUUUUUUUUUAUGUACAUUAUUACAUGAAAAAGGCUACAAGUUAGUUAUGUCAGCUUACCCAGCUCAACAGAAUAUUCCCUCAUCAUCCAUUUGUUUCUACAAGGAUAGAAUGGUCAGAUGGCUGAGAUUACGCCUUAACAUGAUGACAUUUACAAGUGGUGUUCUAGAACCGUUAGGUGACAUGAUUCCUUUAGGAAUUUUAGUUAGUCUAAGUGUCAAUCAUUUCUUCAGCAUUAGUGUAACUUAUUUCCUGCUAUUCCAUUUCACUUUAUGCCUCAUAUCAGAUUAUAUACUACUUAAACGGUACCAGAAUGGUCCACUUAUAUUUUCAAAACGUAAGUUUGUGUUGUGUUGGUUUGUUACUGAACUUAUGAGAACUGUAACCUAUUUUGAGGCUAUUUGGCGGCCUCAGACUAUAUUUUGGGGAACAAAACAAUUCCGGGUACGUCUAGGAGGAGUUACUGAGGUAGUGCGAGAUACUGAGAAGACUAAAUCAUAGUUAACUAGUCAUUACUUAGAAAGGGAGAUAAUUUACCUUAACAGGAAGUACACAAAAGGAGAUAACCCUGUCUGGAACAGAAUCAAGAACAGAACGACUUAGAGAAAGAGAUCAUGUUGCAUUUCAGUUUUGAGCUAUGUUUGAUUGGGAAUUCAGUGCUUUAAUGAAGAAUAUGUUUAGGUUGUUUAACAACAACUGUCAUCAAUAGGGAUACACUUGCAUAUAAUCAUGAUAGGAGCGUUUGAAAAAUUUGGGAAAUAUUGUUCAAUUAUUUUUUGCUAAUUCAGAUUAUUAGAAGUUGAGAGAGAAUUCUAAGUCUAUUAAAGAUUAGCACAUGUGUGUCUGACCUUAGUGAGAUUUCAGUGAUUUAUAAAUCUAAGCCUUUAUAGAUUAUAUAGUAAUUUAUGGAUGUAGUAGACUUGUGCAUUUUAAACAUGCCGGUAAUUAAUAUUGAUUCAUUAUUGAUAUUUUUCACAUUCAGUGCAAUAUAAAAAAAAUUAUCAAGCUAGUUUAAAAAUUAUUAAUCCAUUAAAAUGAUGAAAUAUUGACAUCUGCUAUUUUUUUUUUUUUUUGAAAAGUAAUCGUACUUUUAUUAGUUUUUAAAUGGGUAUUUAUAUUGAUGGGCCAAAAACAGUGAUUUUUUUUUUGUAACACACAUAAUAGUUUAUAGGUUCUUUUAAUUUGUAGAGUCCACAUCUUAAAAUAUUUUGUAUUUGCAAUCAUCAGUUCAUGUGUCUGUCAUGAUUUACAUAUAAAUAACCAGUAUUUUGCAUUUAUUAGAACUGGUGGAUGAAAUGUUUCAU